GGUGUCUGUCAACAACACAACAGCGGGGGAUCAUGUAUGUUUAAUUUAUUGAUUGACUCUCGGCGCGGCUGACCAGUUCCCUAAAACCACCAUUGUUAAUCCCUGGCAUUCGUAGGGCUUCUUGCGGGUAAUUUCCCGUACAGAAAUGCCGAUAUGCGACUUGACUCGGUGUUUAUAGCAAGCUUUCAGCAGGGCCUACACAUAGGGUUUCCAGCUUGUUGAAACUACAUGUACAUGUAGUGUAGAACAUGGAGUUUUGCUGAACAUCAUAUCGGAAUGGUCCAAGCAUGGCCCGAGACAUUUCUACCUCCACGGUCCGAGGGUUCAUCUUCGUUAUUUUGACGCACCUAGCCCAUUCAGCAUUGUGCUGCCAUUAACAAGCACAAGGACCAGAGCCGUUGGGGACGAGUCGCAGUGAGGUAUGUGGAGGCCAUCUGAAGUUGCUUUCAACCUGAUGGCGCCAAGUCAACAAUCGUUGUCUCCAUGGUGAUGGUAUCCCCAGUCCCGGAUAUUGUGCAUUACCGGCUGUUGCUCUCUGAGCUGGAACGGCAUACACAUACUGAUGUAUGAAAAGGGAGAUGUAUUUUUCCACACGAGUGCUGGAGGAUGGUCAUUUGUCGAUGCAGAGUGAAACGGGGGGGAAAAAACUUGUGCAGUCGCUGAAGAGGCAGUUGCCUUGGAUACGCAAAGCUACAUCCGACGUGAUUGCAUUGAACUGAAAGAAUGAACCAGAAUGCGAUGGGAUUCUGCUUACUCUUCCUUGCUGGCAGUUGGUCGCUGUAACAAACAAUCAAUGAAAUAUGGGACGGACACUGCUCGGACUGGUUGGACAGAGCGGGAAUAGUUUAUGACUCGCAACCUGCGACACGGUGGUUUGUUUUGAUUUUUGUGCGGCCUGUCCUAGCAGUGAUAUUUAUUUGGCUGCUGAGCGUGGCGGCAUGCCAAAGAAGAUGGAUCCUCCGCCGAAACGACACCACCCUAGCCUGGCCGACCGGGUGACCGGUCGGGCCAAAGUUGUCACCUUCUUCAAGAGCGGUGACAGGAACUUCAAGGGUGUCCAGAUCCCGAUCCGCAAGAAGUACAACUUUAGCACGCUGCUGUCUGACCUGGACCGGGUCAGUAACUUUCCGUUCGGCGUGCGGCGCAUUGUGACACCCUCGGCGACCCACGACGUGACGGAACUAGAAGAUUUCGAGGACGGCAAGAUGUACAUCAUGGCCCCGACCAAGAAAAAACCCAAGCCACUGGACUUGGCUGGCAUUCAGGCCAGGCCUCCUUGGGCGCCUUCAAAGGCCCUGCCGGGCAGCGGCGCAAGCGGCGCCGAGGCCGAACUCAUCUCGCCGCGCAAGAUACCCGGUAACCACGCCAACGGCAACCUCCGGAGCUCUGAGUCCAUGCACCGGACGGUCAAGAAGUUGAUGGUGAUGCGCAACGGGGACCCCCACAGCAAGCACAUGAUGCUGCUCAAUCGGAACAAGAUCCCCUCUUUUGAGGCCUUCUUGACAGAUGUCGGUGAAAGCUUUCAGUUACCAGCACAGAAACUCUUUACCUCAGACGGCGUCAGGGUCGAGAGUCUGUCGGCCAUCUUCAAUGGCAGCGAGGACCUGUUUGUGGUUGGGACUGGGGUGGAAAAGUUCCGGCCCGGCAGCUACACGGAGAACUCACCGUUCAAGCCGUCAUCAAGACAGCGGGAGUCGUUGCGCAGAAAGUCCACAGACGAGAGUGACCAACCGCCCCAGAAGAUCAUUAAGAAAUCCAGGGGGAAGUUUCACAUGUGGGUCGCCACCAGCGAGAAUCCCUCGGCAGGCACGGAUGCCACGGUGUCCAUCACGGUCUAUGGUGACAAGGAGUCGGACGACAUUGUCCUGGGCUGUGGCAACGGCAAGUUUGAAUCGGGCAACGAGGACGAGUUCAAUAUCAACGUGGGCAGCAUCGGCGACAUCUACAAGAUCAGGAUUGGGCACGAUGACAGCACGGAGUUCGCCGGAUGGCUGUGCGAAGAGGUGCGGCUUCAAGAUGUGCACACCGGUGACGAGAUGGUCUUCCCCUGCGGCCGCUGGAUGUCACGCCAGGAAGACGACGGUCAGACAUGUCGUGAGCUCCCCGUUAUGGUGGACGGAAGCCCCGUGUUCCCAAUUGUCAGUUAUCAUGUGGCGGUUGUCACUGGCAACUAUUGGAACGCCGGUACCACCGCCAAGGUGUACAUAACCGUGUAUGGGGAGAGAGGGGACACCGGUCCACGGUUACUGCAUAAAACCAAGAGGGCCAAGAAAUUUGAGAAAGGAAAGACGGAUGUAUUCAACAUUGAGGCAGUAUCUCUUGGAAUGCUGAAGAAGAUUCUCAUCGGUCAUAACUCAACCGACCCAGAGGAUGGCUGGUACCUGGAAAAGGUGGUCGUCAAAGAUCACAAGGGCUCCAGUCUGGAGUCUGUCUUUCCCUGCCACUGUUGGCUGGAUGCGACGCUCGACGAGGACGGCAAGACCAGCAGGGAGAUCUACGUCAGCAACAAACCCACCAAUUUGGAAAAAGAAAUGUGGGAGCAGGAGAAGUGGAAGUUUAAGCCUAGCAACCAGAUGGUCUUCAUCAGCAAAGGAUCCGGGAAAGCCGUACAGAUCAAGGCAGACGGUUCCGUGGAGGCAACUGCUGACCCGUAUUCCCUCCCCAAAACAGCAAUAUUUGAAGCGCAGAAGGUAAAACCCAAUGUCCACAUCAUCAGCAGCGUUGCAAACCCAGAGCACUGUAUUACAAUGGACUCCAACAAGAUAUCCAACAAGGGGAAGGGAAACGAACUGAAGCUGCGCGUUCAGAUGGAUAGGAGCAUCGUCAUUGAGACGGCCAAGAAUUCAUCCCAGCUGUUGACGUUUGGCCAAACAGGGAAGCCAGGCGACGUGCGGGGUCCGGCGUUGGGUCCAAACCGGCAGUUCUUCUGCUACGUCAAGGGCAUGUUCCGAGACGAAGGCAUUACGAUGUUCUACACCUCCCGCAUCCAGACCCUGACGGUCACGCCCGACCGGUCGUGCCGCGCCACAGGUCAGAGGUCGGAGGAAGCCUACUGGAGGAUACACAAGGUUGGGGAUAGCGGCUCCGUACGGAUGUUGGAGAGCCUGUCCCAACCCGGAAGCUUCCUCCGAAUCAAAGACGGACACUGUGACGUGCAGGGAUCCGGAGACAACUGUUGUCACUUCAAAGUCCUGCGAGUGAAGGAUAAGGGAUACGUGAGCCUACAGUCAGUUGAAAGCGCCGAUGUGUGCGUCGGCUUUGUUCCUGACGGGAAUGUCAAACCAACCGUGGAUACAGGAGAAGACAACGUGAGACUCUAUCCUCACGUCAUCCAGUUUGGGACCAAGAAGUCGGUUGUCACUCCAACCCCACCGACCUCUGCCAAGCCUGCUGUCAACAGGAAGAAGCGUGUGCUGAACAAGCAGUCCAAUGGGAACGCCAAGAAGACGGCCGCCCUGCCUCUCACGCCGACGCCCACCCCCUCGCCCCCGGUCCGAGAGAAAUCCGUCUACGAUGAUGGGGACUGGAAGGUGUGGGUGAAAACGGGCAAGGCGGGCACCAAGGCUUCGGUGGUCCUGGUGGUGUACGGGGAGGAGGGAGUCUCACAGCCCUUCACCCUCGGCAAAGGAGGCAAGGAACUCUUCAAGGCAGGAGAGGAGAACGAGUUCAAGGUCAACGUGCUGAGUGUGGGUGACAUCUACAAGAUUCGGAUUGGCCUGGACACGACCAGCAAGAAAGCAGCUUGGAGACUUGAUCAGGUCAAAAUGAAGGACAUGAUAACAGAAGAGCAACUGCUCUUCAAAUUCAAGAAUCGCUGGUUGUCGCCCAACGAAGAUGACGCAGACGUGUGGCGGGAGUCGGCUGCCGUCCGACCUGGCGGGAAACCACUGCCGAUCAACAAGUACAGCGUCCAAGCGAGAACGGGAAGCGAUGUGGGCUCCUCGACUGAUGCCAACGUGUAUCUCUGCCUCUACGGGGAGAAGGGAGACACGGGCAAGAGGCAACUCAUCAAAUCCAACCAUGCGGAGAAGUUCCAGGAAUCACAGACUGACAUGUUUGAGCUGGAGGCCGUGACGGUGUUGACCCCAACCAAGGUCGUAGUGGGGCAUGAUGGGAAGGGCCCCGGGGCAGGCUGGUUCCUGGACGAGGUGGUCAUCAAGGAGGCCAAGACUUCUAAAACGGAAUAUGUGUUCCCAUGCAACAGGUGGUUGGACGAGGGACAAGACGACAAGCUGAUCGAAAGAGAACUGGAGUUGGGAGAAGUACGGGAAAUUCAACCCCACGAAUGGCAGGUGUACGUGACCACGGGCAGUGACAAUUCCGCAGGGACCACAGCCAUGGUGACCCUGGUGGCCUACGGGGACAAGGACAAGACGGAGGUGGCGCUGAUUCCCAAGGGGGACAACGGCUUCCGGCCGGGAACCACCCAUGAUUUCAGGGUGUAUCUUGGUGACAUCGGCCAGCUCUACAAGAUCCGCAUCGGCCACGACAAUGCCGCCAAGGACGCCAGCUGGUACCUGAAGACGGUGCGCAUGCUGGACCUCAACGAGCUGACCGAGAUGGAGUUUGCCUUCGACCGCUGGCUGUCGGAGAAGCACGACGACCUGGACGUCUGGCGGGAGCUGCCGGCUGUCGUCGCCGGAAAGAAACCUCUGCCAGUGACCCGAUACUACGUCCAGGUGUACACCAGCAGCGAGGAGAACGCCGGCACGGAGGCCAGCGUCUACCUGCAGCUGGCUGGCAAGAAUGGUGACUCGGGCAAGCGCCGCCUGGUCCGCUCCAAGAACAACAAGGACCGGAAGUUCCUGGCUGGCCAGAUGGACGUCUUUGAGAUCGAGGCCGUGUACCUGGGCCGCCUGCAGCGGGUCACCGUGGGGCAUGACGGAAAGGAGGCCGGCCAGGGCUGGUUCCUGGAGAAGGUGGUCGUCAAGGAAUCCAAGAACGCCAAGAACGAAACGCUCUUCCCUUGUAAAAAGUGGUUGGAUGCGGGGCAGGACGAUCAGAAGAUAGAGAGAGACUUGACACCGGCUAAACCAACAUCAGCACCCAAUCCAGUAACAUCUGAAUCUGCCGCGAGUAAGACAGACAGCAUCACCAUCUCCUGGAAGCCACCCACCUCCGGAAAGGUCACGGGUUACCGGGUGACCUGUGACCCGCCGGAUGCGCCGGCCUCCGAGGUCAUCAUCACGGACGCCAAGACAACCAAGGCAGAGUUUGGCGGUUUGAUUCCCGGCAGGGCCUACCAGUUUGACAUCGUGACGAUCAACACCGACCUGGAGAGCGAUAAAGUCUCCCUGAAAACCAACGCCAAGCCCAAUGCGGUUCUUGACGCCGCUCUGGAGAGCACCGUAGACGCCGUCAUUGUGUCCUGGACCCACCCGCAGGGCGAACUGUCCGGCUAUAAGGCUCGCAUAUCCCCUUCGGAUGCCAAGAAGUCGGUGGUGAAGAUCAAGGACCCCAGUAAGACCAGGACGGAGUUCGUGGGGCUGGCGCCGGCCAAGCAAUACAAGGUGGACGUGGUGACAGUCAGUGGGGAAGUGGAAAGCGAAAAGGUCACGCUACAAGAAACGACAAAAAUGCCAGAAAUCCACGUUCUCAAGGUACCCAACGCGGAGGCCACCAAGGCCACCAGCGAGUCCCUGGCCGUGUCCUGGACCAAGCCGGAGGGAGAUGUCACUGGCUACCGGCUGGCCAUCCUGCCAGCCGAGGGCGCCACGCCCGACCUCAAGUUGGACGGCGCCGACAAGACCACGGCCGAGUUCAAAGGGCUGUCGCCGGGCCAGGAGUACACGGUGGAAGUCUACACGGUGUAUAAGGAACAAGAGAGCGAGAAAAUGACUCUCACAGCCAGAACAGACGCUCAAAGCAACCAACCCAAGGACCCAACUGCAUCCAGCACCCCGACUACCAUCAGUGUUUCCUGGACCAAGCCAGAAGGCACGGUGACCGGCUACCGGUUGCUCUGCACACCAGCCGAUAGCGAGACAUCAGAGAUCAUGAUAGACAACGGGGAUACGACCACGGUGCAGGUUGAUGGGUUGACUCCUGGCCGGCAGUACGAGCUGGAGAUCUACGCACGUAAUGGCGACGUAGAGAGUAACAAGACGACUUUAUCCCAAAGAACAAAGCCCAGCGAAGUUCUGGAUGCCCGCAUCGAGUCAAGCAGCACAGAUACUGUCAAUCUCGCUUGGACUAGACCUGAGGGCGAUCUAACUGGUUACCGCAUCGAGUACCAACCAGUCAGCAAGGAGGAAACCGACAGACAGGACAAACCGGCUGACGGGCACGAUGAACUGGUGGACCACCGCGAUAAACCAGUUGACGACCAGGAUAAACCAGUUGACGACCGGGAUAAACCAGUUGACGACCAGGAUAAACCAGCCAGUGGCCAAACUGCAGAUAGUCAGACUGUAUCCGUUGACGGCGCUGAUACAACCAACUGUGAAGUAACUGGUCUGACACCCGGCCAGAGAUAUCUCUUCAACAUCGUUACCGUCAGUGAACAAGAAGAGAGCGAGAAAGUGUCCGUCAACUGCACAACAAAGCCGCUGCCUGUGUUGGAGCCCAAGACGAACAGCACAACAGAGAGUGUGACAGUUGGGUGGUCAGCUCCCGACUGCCAGCUCACGGGAUACCGUGUGGUGUGCCGUCUUAAAAACUCUGAUUCCCAGGAGGCAAAGGGAGGUGAGGAGGGUCAGUCCAACGAGAUGCCAGAGAAAACAGACCAACCCAAGGCAGAAGACCCAGCCGACAGUCCAGCCAAUGAGAAACCAGAGAGAAGUAACGAACCCAAAGAGACAGAGGACCCAGCGUCCAGUGAUCCCGGCAACGAGGGUUCUCCUGCUGAUGAAACAGCUCCCUCUAGUGUUGAGAAAUCGCCUGCCAAUGCCAGUCUGUCAACAGAGGGCAGCAAGCAGGUUGUCGAGGAGAAGAAGGUUGAGGCAGAUGUAAAUGAGGUGGAGUUCACCGGAUUAACUCAAAUGACCGAGUACUCGUUUGACAUCUAUACCGUCUGCAGUGAUGUGGAAAGUGAAGCUGUCACAGUCGAUGAAAAAACAAAGAGAGUCAAGCUUCCUACACAGGGUGAAUGGAAGCUGUGGAUAUCCACCGACGAAGACUCCAAGCCACCUCACAACGCUCGUGCUCACAUCGUCGUCUACGGCGAGAAGGGCAUGUCACCUCCUAUAAUGCUGACUGAGGAAGAGGAACAUGCGUACUUCCAGGCCGGAAACACGGAUGAAUUCAAGAUCAGUGUUGGUGACAUAGGAGACAUCUACAAGAUUCGCAUUGGUCACGAUGACGACACCGAAUGGCAGGGUUGGCACCUGAAGCAGGUGAAGAUGGUGGACCAGCAUUCGGAGGAGGAGUUGGUGUUUGAGUUUGACCGCUGGAUGUCACGGCAGGAGGACGACUUUGACGUCGUGCGCGAGCUGCCGGCUGUCCGGGAGGGUCAGGAGACACUGUCAGUCAAUGUCUACCGCGUCUGUGUAUCCACUGGGGAUCACUGGGCAGCCUUCACGGAUGCUAAGAUGUGGGUUGUUCUUCACGGUGAGCGCGGCGACACAGGCAAGAGAGUCCUGUACCAGUCGCUGAAUAAUCCUGUCAAAUACAUGAAAGGACAGAUGGAUGAAUUCAAGGUGGAGGCAGUGUCAUUGGGCGAGGUGUCUAUGGUGGAAAUCGGACAUGACGGCGUGGGCUAUGGUGCCGGCAUUUUCAUCGACUCUGUUACCGUCCGCGAAAGCGAGGCGGCGGACAAGGAGUACCUGUUUGCAUGCCACAGCUGGCUGGACGACCACAUGGAAGACAGACAGACAAGCAGACAGCUCCAACUACUCGGUGUGCGGCCAAUUGUAUCCGACAGUAACGAUGAGCCAACCCAAGACUCUGCGGACACUAGCUGGAAGGUCAUAGUUCAGACCAGCGACCUCGAGAAUGCAGGGACUACGUCCAACGUCUACCUGACUGUGUUUGGAGACAGCGGCCGAUCCCCGAGUCACACCCUGCAGGGGAAGACACUGGACACCAACACUGAGCAGGAAUUUGAUGUUGAUUUGGGUGAUAUCGGGGAGGUUGCCAAGAUCCGUCUGGAGCACGACAACUCUGGUGACAGCCCAGCUUGGCACGUGCAGCAGGUGCGACUGGUCCACGCGGCUAAGCCUGAGCUGGUGUUCCAAGUCAACACCUGGCUGUCGUCCGACCAGGGCGACAAUCCCAGCACCGUAAAGGAGGUGGCUGCCAUCAGGGCCGGUGUGGAUCCCCUGCCAGUGGUGAAUUACACAGUGCAAGUCCAAAUCAGGGAAGAUCCGGAUAGCGCAUCGACAAACCCCGACCUCUCCAUAGCGCUGGCGGGCGAGGCAGGAGAGAUGGCUAAAUGGGAACUGAUCAGGACAGGCAAGCCAGUCUGCGAAGAUGGCAAGGUCAAGGUGGACACUUUCAGUUUUGAUGCCGUUUCUGUGGGCCAGUUGGAGCGGGCCAUUCUGAGCAUCAGCUCCAAAGAAAAGCAAGACACCUGGUUCGUGGAGAAGGUCACCGUCCGAGAGGGAAAGUACGCCACGACUCGCGGCGUCUUCCCUUGCAAGAUGUGGUUCGGAAAUGCAAUCAUUGGCGAGGACGGAAGCACAGUCCUCCAGACCGAUCUAAAACCUGAAGGGGAGGAGGUGGUUCCUAAAGACAAGGAAGGGAGUGAGGAGGAUGACGGAGAGUCUUCAUCCAAGGGCAGAUGGACCGUCUGGAUCACCCCUGGCCAAGACGAUGGAAUGGGCACGGAUGCCAACCUCUCCAUACAGGUGUACGGGGAGAAGGGAAGGAGUGAGGUCAUCCCAUUGCGAGCUGAGGGGGAUGACAAGGCAAAGGAGGACAAUGAGGGGCAAGGAGCUGAUGAGAGGAAGGCAACGCCUAGCAAGGAGAAUGAGGCUGAGACUGAUGAGAGUGCUGAUAAGGCUGAGGAGAAUGGAGAUGGGGUGCAAGACCUAGCCUUCUCUCCAGGCUCUACCAAAGAGUUUGAUAUUGACGUAGGAGAGAUUGGACCAAUCUACAAGAUCCGUCUCUCGUUGGACUCCUGUGACAUGAAAGAUGAUACGCCAAGCAUCUUCUUGGACAAGGUGAAAAUGAAAGACAAGGGCACAAACCAAGAGUUCCACUUCUUCAUCAACCGUUGGCUCUGCUGCCCUGACGACACCAAGCUUCUGCCCACUGAAGCCAGCCCUGUGGAGGCCCCAGAGCCCGGGGCAAAACAAGAGGAUAAGAGCGGCAAGAAAUCCGAGGAGAAACCGGGUGAUGAGAAGAAGACGACCUCCAAAGCCGGGAAGACAAAGGACCACAAAGAGGAGAAAGUCGAGGAUAAGAAGCGAGAGGAAGAGGCAGACAAGGAAGAUGACGAAACGAAAGAUGAAGCAACAGAGCAGAUGCAGAAGACUCAAGCCGGAGAUGAAGCAGUAGAUUGUUACUUAGAGCUGCCAGCCAUCAGGCCAGAUAUACCUCCUCUACCAGUGCUUACAUACGAGUUGUCAGUGCGCACCGGCGACAAGGGGGCUGCCUCGCUAAGUGACGUCAUCUACGCCACGGUGUAUGGAGCCAGAGGGGACACCGGCUGCCGGAUACUACGCAAGUCCAACAACCCAGUCAUGUUCAAGCAAGCACAGGUUGACAUAUUCGCCAUAGAGGCCGUCGACAUUCUGAGACCUUCCAGCAUCACCAUAGGCCAUCACUCAGAAGGGUUUGGGGCCGGCUGGUAUCUUGACACCGUCACACUGAAGCAGUCGGCACUGGCUACUACUCAAUACGUCUUCCCUUGCAAACGGUGGAUGGAUACCGGCGUGGAUGACCGCAAGCUGGAGCGCACCCUCCCCCUACUCGGCGAGGUGGCCUGUCCCCCAUCCACAACCCCCGACACCAAAGGCCUGUGGCAGGUCAGAGUGAAGACCAGCGACCAGCCCGAUGCAGGCAGCACGGCUAGAGUGUGCCUGGUCGUGUACGGCGAGAAAGGGCAACGCUCCACACAUCGACUAGAGAGAGAGGCGUUCCAACCAGGAUCGGAGGAGGAAUUUGAGAUAAAUGUCGGAGACAUUGGAGCAAUCAGCAAGAUCCGUCUCCAGCACGACAACUCAGGUGAUAGCCCUGCCUGGCAUGUCAAUUCCGUAGGGAUGAAGGACGUUGAUUCAAACGAGGAGCUAGACUUCAGGUUCGAUUGUUGGCUGGCCCGGGACCAAGGCGACGGCCAGCUAUGCCACGAAGUCCCAGCUACAAGAGAGGACAAGGAUCCCUUGCAAGUUUAUAACUACCAGGUCAAAGUUCACACCGGUGACCUAGACAACGCUGCGACAGAAGGCGCAAUUCACAUGACCCUACAGGGCUCUAUAGGGGACAGCGGCGAGCGGCUGCUGACGACUUCAAACAACAGUCAGAAGUUUGGAAAGGGACAGGUGGAUAUGUUCACAGUACAGGCUGUAGACCUCGGGAAAGUUCACACCAUCACGGUGCGUAACGAGUCCACUGAGCCGUCCCAGGCCUGGUAUCUGGACAGGGUCGUCGUCAAGACAUCGCCCAAGGCCGAGCGGGAGUACGUCUUCCCGUCCUCGCGCUGGAUCGGGCCGGUGGAUCCAGAGAGUGACGAGCUGAAAGCAGCUGAGAAUGACGCGGAGUUGCCCGUACAAGAAAAAUGGAAGUGCACUGUCCAAACCAGCGACCUCCCAGAGUGUGGGACUGAUGCUUCAGUGUCGCUGGUCGCCUACGGUGACAGGGGCGUGUCAAAGGUCAUGUCACUGACCAACGGGCAGGAGGGCAACUUUAAGCCCGGCAAGAGCACCGUGUUUGAGUUGGAGCCCGGUCCUUGUAUCGGUGACAUCUACAAGAUAAGAGUGGAACUGGACGACGGCAAGGAUAAAUCCUGGCACUUGAAACAGAUUGACCUGCAAGAUUGUUUCUCGGACGAGAGCUUGACGUUCGAGUACAACGGAUGGCUGUCCCGCAUUCAGAACGAAGGGAAGGGAGACGUCAUCGCCGAGAUUCCAGCGUUGAGGCCUGGCGAGGAACCGUUGCCCAGUGUCAUGUACUAUCUGCAAGUCUUCACUGGUGAGGCCGAGGAUGCGGGGACCGACUCAGAAGUUUCAGUCACGCUGUUUGGCGAAAGAGGGGACAGUGGCAGGAGACUUCUCAACAAACCCAGGGAUGGCGAAAAGGCCUUUAAUGAGCCCCAAAAGACGGAUAUCUUUGACCUAGAAGCCGUGUCUCUCGGCAGCAUUAACAAAGUCCUGAUCCACAAGGCGUCGGGCAGGGCGUGGUACCUGGACCGACUCAUCAUCAAAGAAGGGGAGUUUGCUGCCGCGGAGACAGAGUUCAAACACGAAGGCUGGUUAGGCAGCAAGGAGAACCCAGACCAGGCAGUAGAUACUGAGUUGGUACCCACCACUGAAAGACCCAGCAACACUGUAGCUCCAUUACCUGAGGGUCAGGAACCAGUCCAAUCCAAGGGCAACUGGAAGGUUUUUGUCACCACGGGCGAGGCAGAGACUGCUGGUACAGAGGCUAACAUGACCGUGACGGUGUGUGGGUCAGAGGGCACCAGCCAGCCCAUGCCCCUAGCGCAGGAUGGUCAACCGACCAAGAUGGAGCCUGGACAGACUCAGGAAUUUGAGGUGAAUGUGGGUGAAGUUGGUCACAUCUACAAGGUGCGGCUGGAGCACGACGGAACCACCCAGGAGUCCGACUGGUUUCUGGAAAAGAUCAAGAUGAACGACGUCGACACCAAGGCCGAGUUCAGCUACACCGUCUCUCGCUGGCUGUCCAGGCAUCAAGACGGUUGCAACCGAGUCAUCGAGAUCCCUGCAAUCUGGCCCGAAAAGCCCAUACCCGAGGUUGUAAAAUACAAAGUCCAAGUUUUGACCGGUGACUUGGACGGUGCAGACACCCAGGCCGACGUCUACCUCACCCUGAGGGGCGAACACGGCGAAACGGGCCGGAGAGACCUGGUCAGAGACCCAGGGGACCCGACGGCAUUCAGCAAAGGGCACACGGACAAGUUCACCGUGGAAGCCGUAUCACUGGGAAGAAUCGACAAGUGCGUCGUGGGACGUGACGGAGACCAACCAGAGUCAGGUUGGUUUUUGGAUAAGAUCAUAGUGAGCAAAUCUGGAGAAGAGUCUGGGGGAGUCACCUUCCCGUGCAACAGGUGGCUAGCCGCGGACAAGGGCGACAACGCCACGGAAGUUGAGCUGGACCCACUCCCGCUGAGCGAGGGUGCUGGGGAUGGCGCAGGGGAUGGCUCUGCGGAUGCCCAAGCCGACGCGGGGCAGGAGGGAGAAGAGGCGAAGGCCGACCGAGCUCAAGACGACGAGGCAGAAGAUGGCGAGGCACAGGAGAAAGAUGAUGACGGCAAGGCUCCAGAAGGACAAGACGAGAAGAAAGAUGACCAGUGAUUGCUAGCAGGGAAAGAGAUGUUUAAUUCACCGGAGGAGUUUAGCAGUUGCAAAGCUGAUAUUCUGGGCUGAUCGCUUUAUCACAAUGGGUAUAAAUGAGGUUUUUUAGAUCGUGUAAUUCUGUUGCCUCUUGAAAGCUCUUUCCAUCCUCGUGUGAACGUCGCGUGAACAAAGUUGCACUUUAAAAAAGUGUGCAUUGGUGAACGUUAGUAUUAAACUAAAAUGAGAAGUGUAGAGUACGUCAUCAAAAAACUCAAAUUAACCUCCAAACAAGAUGGUAGCAAAUACAAUUUGACAAGUUCUGAGAAUUAAUUUUGACUGUGUCCGUCUUCAGUGCUUUCAUCAGGGGGCACCUUUGAAGUCUCUGCGAAAUCUUUUACACAAACUUCGUUUGGAAAGAAUUACUUUACCUCGACCGAUGAUGAUUGUAUGUGUGUUUGCUGUGAAAAAAAAAUCACGUCUGAUACGUAAUGUUGCUUUUCUGAAAGCCAAGUUUUUCAUUCUGAUUUUGCAUUGACAUGUUGUUUUGGAGAGCACUGCCGUCCACGUAUGAAAUUCUCUGUGCAAUAUAUCUGACUGUACUGCAGUUUUCAAGUAGCACUCGUAUCUAUGUGUAAGACGUUAGGUUCUGUUGUUGGGUCGGAAGGACUUGAGCAAAUGACCGGUUUGCUUAACAUAGAAGUUAUAGCUGUGCAGGAAAAUACUUAUAGAGAUGUAUGCGUUAUAUUUAUGAAAAACGAAAAAUAAAAGUAAGUUUCUCAAUUUUUUUUUUUUUUUUUGGGGGGGGAGAAGGGAAUCACAUACUGUGCAUUGGCAUCUGAAAAAGACAAGGCAAGGAAGCAAUCCUAAUUUGUACCCCACAUUUAAACCUCAGCGAUCCUAUCUUGUUACAUUUUUAACCACACUGCAUUUAAGCUUUUUAUAUUUAGUCAAGUUUUUAACUGUUUAAUAAGAGAUACGCAAGAAACGUUUGGCACCUACAGUCCAAAUGAGUUCCUUCAUCGUU